GCAGAUCGGAUCGUGCUUCUCGGGACCUGUUUAGAUUACGUGCUUUUCACAUAUUUCUAGAGAAGUAUUAAUUUUUCGUCUUUGCCUCACGACGAAAAAUUCUGUUUCACAUAACUUUAAUCUUCAGAUUUGUAUCGCUUAGUGUUAUUCGUCAUUUUUGGAGACAGAUAGUCUUUUGUGAAUGUUUCAAGAACAAUCAAGAGAUGAGGGAUUAAGAAUCUGAAAUUGUGAAAUCCUUAGCAAAAUUUGGACAUAGCAGGUUUACCUGUUUGACUGUUCAACUCGAAGUUACUUACAAGUACUUGUGAAGAAAAUAGAAGUGCUUAAAAAUGAAAAGGAGAAAAUCUGGUGAAGGCACAUGGUGUCUUUGCGAAAAUUGUGGAUCAAUAUUAUUUUAUACCAAUUUAGAAUUACAUCAAAAGGAGUUCUGCCCACCCUCCGCAGAGCUUUGGAAACAUCCUUUCAUUCUUGACUCCGUCAUAUACUCCUCUCUUGACACUCUUGAUGAUGAUGCUUACAAUUAUGUUCAUAUAUCAGAGGCAAUGAUCCGGCUCAAUAAACUGGUGAUCGGUGAAGCAGUACUCUUGAUUCAAAACAAACAAGUUGUGAUAAAACUUGUCCGCCAGUCAUUAGUACCUCAAAAUCAGAACUUCAAAAUAUUCAUCGCUGAGGAAGAGCUGAAAAAUAUUUCUUUUGAGAGAGGACCAGUGAAGGUUAAGAAAAUUGAUCGCUUGCCGCCACCAGCCAAAGAAAUAGUGUUUUCAAUUGCUGAUGGUGACGUGAAUCAUGAAAAAAUCAUGGAAUACUUGGCACAAAAUUAUCGAAAUCACUACUUCAAGAUUGGCUCAAAACUUUCCUUCACAUUUUACGGAACAAAGCUCACAGCCAUCGUCGAUUCAGCUGUUAAACAUUUUGAUGGGAAUGAUGUAGCUGUAAAUUUUAGCUAUUUGUCUUUGGAAGACGACAGUGUUGCCUCUGGCAACUUUGUUCAAAGUUGUGAAUCUACCAAAUGGACAUUAUCGGGCAGCUCCUCUCCGACAGAAAAAACUGGGGAGAAGGAGGUCUUCAUGUUAUCCAAAGUUGGAGGUCUUAGAAAUGUUAUCAGUCAGCUGCAAGAUAUGAUCAAGCUGUGUCUUUCCUCAAAAGAUGUUGGCAUCAGAAAACCUGCAAGUGGUAUUUUGCUUUUCGGCAUUCAUGGCACUGGAAAAACAAUGUUGAUGAAAUCGCUGGCAUAUUCCUUCAAUGUUAAUGUGGUAGAAGUUCAGAGUUCUGAAGUCUUCAGCAAGUACUUCGGAGAAAGCGAAACCAGAAUUAAGUCUUAUUUUGAAGAAGCGAGCAGUAAUGAACCAAGCAUUAUUCUUAUCGAUGAAGUCAACAUCUUGUGCCCCAGUCAUAAAGGAACAGAUCAGCAAAGGCGAAUCUGUGCAUCUUUAAUAUCUGCUCUCGACUCAGUGAGGUCUUCGAAGACUCGGCUUGUUGUUCUUGGAACCUGCACACAACCUCAGUUGAUUGAUCCAGCCCUAAGGAGACCUGGAAGGUUUGAUUUUGAAAUCGAAUUGCCAGUACCAAAAGUUGAAGAACGUCAUGAAAUCCUUAAGCAGCUCCUUUCAUCCAUCAAUAACAAUGUAGGUGACUCUGAAAUUGAAAGUCUCGCUAAAAUUGCUCACGGGUUCGUUGGUGCCGAUUUGGGGGCAGUGAUCAAUCAUGCUGGAACGAGGGCCAUGUUAGAACACACAAGUUCAUCGUCUGCGCCUGUUGUAACAAUAAACCAUUUGCAAUGUGCGCUAUCAUCUGUCAAUCCAACCGCCAUGAGGGAAGUCCUGGUAGAGGUGCCUCAUGUGUUGUGGAGUGAUAUUGGCGGUCAACACGAGAUAAAGCUGAAGCUGAGGCAAGCUGUUGAGUGGCCUUUAACUCACCCAGAAAGCUUUGUGCGACUUGGUAUCCGCCCACCUGCAGGAGUUUUACUUUAUGGUCCACCUGGUUGUUCAAAAACAAUGAUAGCCAAAGCUCUUGCCACAGAGAGCAAACUAAAUUUCAUCUCUGUCAAGGGCUCUGAACUGUUGAAUAAAUAUGUUGGUGAAUCAGAGAAAGCUGUGAGCACUGUAUUCUACCGAGCUCGACAAGUAACUCCAUCUAUAAUUUUCUUUGAUGAACUUGAUGCUCUAGCUGGAGAGAGAGGUGACGCAACUAGUGAUGGCGGAACUAACGUUCAGGAAAGAGUACUGGCUCAGCUAUUGGUUGAGCUUGAUGGAGUCUCCCCGUUGAAAAGUGUAACUGUGGUUGCAGCCACAAAUCGACCCGACAGAAUUGAUAAGGCGCUGCUUCGACCCGGAAGACUUGACAGGUUAAUAUAUAUACCUUUACCUGAUGCAGAGACAAGGAAAGAAAUAUUAACCAUUAAGUUCAGAAAAACACCUGUAUGCUCAGAUGUAGACUUGGAGUGGUUGGUCACCGCAACAGCUGGUUAUUCAGGAGCAGAGUUGGUUGGGGUAUGCCAUGAGGCAGCUUUGAAAGCUCUUGAAGAGGAUCUUGAGACAAUGGCUAUUUCUCGCUCUCAUUUUGACUAUGCGCUCACUGUUGUCACUCCUCGCACACCAACAACACUCCUCAACUUUUAUCAAAAUUUCAAACCUUGAUUCUAAGUAUUUUUCAAAGCAAAUGUGUUCCUUUUUCUAGGUAUUUUUUUUCUACAUAAAUAUAUGUAUCAAGUAAUGAAACAUGAA